GCAGAGGGGAAGCAGAGCCGCUGAUCCCCUGAUCCCGGAGCACUCCAGCCAUCAGCUGCCGCCGCAGUCACCGGCUUUGACUUUGGUUCAGCGGGGAGCUCGUCGUGUCCUCGGCAUCUCCGGGACCAGCUCGUUUUGCACUUCGUUCUACGAGCAGCGCCGUCGUUCGGUUUCCUUUUUCUUUUCUUUUUUUCUUCUUCUCUUGAGAGACAAAAUGUCCAAAAAUGGUUCAGCCUGCUUAGCCCAAUGAUUUCUUGCACGGACGCUCUAUUUUUCUUUUUCUUUUUUUUUUUUUUUUUUAAUUAUUAUUUUUGAAUGGGGCAGGAUUGAGUAGAAGAAAUCGUUGGGUGAAGGGGACCCGGCGGUUUGCUCCCCAUUGAGGAGAAGAUCAAGAUCCGAUUCCCAGCUGCACGCAGAGGACGGAGGUUGCCGUGGGUCUUUCAGCCUGGCUUUCGGAGCCCUCGCUGCUGCAGGGGCAGAGCAGAACUGCCUUCUCCGAGCGGCUUUCCUGUCCUGCUUGUAGCUCAGAGAUCGCCUCCCCCCUCCUCGCACCAUUUCUCUUCGUGUUCGUUUAGCUUUAUUUUUCCCUCCCCUUCUUGUCUUUUUUCCCCCCUUUCGUUUAUUAUUAUUAUUAUUAAUUAUUCGAUUUGGGUAAAUUGCCUUCCUAAAACGAAAAUACUAACUCAGCCGUCGGAAUCCAUGCCUCCUGCCAUUCGGAAGAACCGGGUCUAAUAUGCCAGUGACAUCUCCGCCUUGCAGCAGUCGCGAUGAAGGAAAAAUCCAAGAACGCGGCAAAGACUAGAAGGGAAAAAGAAAAUGGAGAAUUCUACGAACUGGCCAAACUCCUGCCCCUGCCCUCGGCCAUCACCUCGCAGCUGGACAAGGCGUCCAUCAUCCGCCUCACCACCAGCUACCUGAAAAUGCGAGCCGUCUUUCCCGAAGGUCUGGGCGACGCCUGGGGACAGCCGAGCAGGAUCGGCCCUUUGGAUAACGUGGCCAUGGAGCUCGGAUCGCACUUGCUUCAGACUUUGGAUGGAUUUGUUUUCGUCGUGGCAUCCGAUGGCAAAAUAAUGUACAUUUCUGAAACAGCAUCUGUGCACCUUGGCCUGUCCCAGUAUGAAAUCGAGAGAUCCUUCUUCCUGAGGAUGAAGUGUGUCCUCGCCAAGAGGAAUGCAGGCCUGACCUGCAGUGGCUACAAGGUGAUCCACUGCAGUGGCUACUUGAAGAUCCGCCAGUACAUGCUGGAUAUGUCCCUGUACGACUCCUGCUACCAAAUCGUGGGGCUGGUGGCCGUGGGGCAAUCUUUGCCUCCCAGUGCAAUCACUGAGAUCAAGCUCCACAGCAACAUGUUUAUGUUCAGAGCCAGCUUGGAUUUAAAACUGAUUUUCCUCGAUUCCAGGGUCACGGAAUUAACUGGAUAUGAACCCCAGGAUCUGAUAGAGAAAACCCUCUACCACCACGUGCACGGCUGCGACGUUUUCCACCUGCGAUACGCUCACCACCUCUUGCUGGUGAAAGGCCAAGUGACCACCAAGUACUACCGGCUGCUGUCCAAGCAGGGCGGCUGGGUGUGGGUGCAGAGCUACGCCACCAUCGUGCACAACAGCCGUUCGUCACGGCCUCACUGCAUAGUGAGUGUCAAUUAUGUCCUUACAGAUAUUGAGUAUAAGGAACUUCAGUUGUCACUGGACCAGGUUACCAUUUCCAAGUCUCAGUUUUCAUGCAGAAACUCAGUACCUACCUCGCAGGAAACAAGGAAAAUAGUAAAACCCAAAAGUAAUAAAAUGAAGGCAAAACUCAGAACAACACCUUACCCUCCACAGCAAUACAGCUCGUUCCAAGCAGACAAACUGGAAUGCAGCCAGGUGGGGAGCUGGCGCUCCAGCCCCGCCGCCAGCGCCGCCGCCCUCCAGGAACAGAACUUCCAUUCAGAGAGCAGCGAGCUCCUGUACGCCCCUCCCUACAGCCUGCCCUUCUCCUACCACUAUGGACACUUCCCUGUGGAUUCCCACGUCUUCAGUGGCAAGAAGCAAAUGCUGCCUGCAAAAUUCGGGCAGGCCCAAGGGGCGCCCUGCGAGGUGGCGCGGUUCUUCCUGGGCGCGCUGCAGACCAACGGCGAGUGCCAGUGGCACUACGCCAACUCCCUGGUCCCCAGCAGCCAGUCACCCUCCAAAAGCCUUCCCGAGCAGCCAGUGAACAUCAUCAGGCACAACCUUGCACAGAGCUAUGAAGUGCCACUGUCCAGCAGGAGGUACAGCCAGGACGCCCUGCCCGACGCCUUCCCCAGCUGCACGGCGCCCGUGCCCGGCCGCUACAAAGAGGAGCUCUACGACUCUUCCCUCCUGAAACACAACAAAGCAGAGCCCAGGAUCCAGCCCCACGCCCACCUCAUCAAAGAGGAGAACAAGCUGGCUUUCAGCAGAGACCUGCCAGAAAAAACGGCCAUCAACGAGGGCUCCUUCGCCAGCUCCCUGCUGCCCAAAUCCGAGUGCUGCCAGGCCAAGGCCGUGGGACAGCUGAGCCACCUGCUGCCCGUGCCCUCGGUCUACGAGCAGGGCAGGAGGAUUUGUGUCAAAGAGCCCAAAUUCGGGCACAUCAGCCACCACCCAGGCAGCCUGGAGGAGCUGGACGAGAGGAUGAGCGCCAAGCUGGACCACGAGGCCGAGGGCGUGAUGGAGGUGAGGCCCUCGGGCCAGGUCCCCUUCGUGCUCCUCAACUACCACCACGUGCUGGCCAAGCACGGAGCCUUCCAGGCCUCCCCCUGCACGGCCACGGGACACGCGGGGGAAAAUUAUUCCUACAGCUCUGAGGAGGUCAACGCCUUCCUCUACAAAAACCAAAGCCCCUCCUCGGCCUCUUCUCCAGAGACCCACAAGGAAUCUGCACUACCCCACUACAUCGGGACCUCCGUCAUCAUUGCCAACGGCAGGUGACGGCAGCACGGGAGGGCUCUGGGUUUCAGCAAGGAGCCAAACUGUAAUGGUUUGCUUUAAAAAAAAAGAGAAGAGGAGGGAGAAAAAAAAAAAAAAAAGGAAAAAAAAAAGCAUGAGGAAACACAGUGACAUUUCCUGAGCAAAGCUGGAGGGCAGUGAGGGGCAGAGAGGUGAGUUCCAGGAGUGCCAGGAAAAUCCCCUCCAUCCCCUGCCGUGCUUCCGUGUCCCAGACACGGCUCUGGUGCCAGGGAGAAGCCAAGUUCCAGAUCUUAUUUUUGUUAUUUUAUAGUGUGCAGCAGAAGGAAACGAGAGCUGUUAUAUGCAGAGGUUUAUAUGAAGAACUGUUUUUUUUUUUUUUUCCUUGACCCCUCCUUAAAAUAAACUCAAGAUUUUUUUUUUUUUUAAAUCAUUAUCAUAAAAUAUGCAUUCUAGUUUAGGGGUUUUUUUUGACAAAUUGUGUGAAACCUCGCAUCAACUCUCCACCCAACCCCCUGACACAUGGACUUUGUUGAGAGAGUGGUGAUUUUGAACAACCACAACACAGCUGGUCCUACCCAAACAGGGAAAAAAAAGCUUAUUUAUUAAUUACCAAAAAGUUUUAAAACUAAAUAAAUCAACCCCGCAUUUGAUUUAUUUAACACGGAUUUCAGUGCUCUGAGGUUGCUGCCACCACCAUUUAUCUUGACAAGGGACAAUAUGACAAAUUAAUAGGUACAAAGAUAGGAAUUACAGGGUUACAGGUCUUGUCAUGGCAAAUUGGGACAAAUUAUGGGGCAGGAACUAAUUCCCCACAAAUAAGAAAAGGAAACUCCUAAAUCCUGUGUUGCCCUGAGUAUUCUGGGGGAAGCCUGUGCAGAUUUUCAACCCAGCCAGUCACAAAUACAUCUUAAUAACAGCACCAGAAAUGUUUUCUUUAUAGCCAAGAGAAUAAUGAACUUUUCUGCCUUAUUUUGAACUUACCAGGAGAAUUGUGAGCUUUGAAAAUUCCAGCUCUUAACACGCUGAACUUCCUCCAGCAUAAAUCCCGCUGUCAGCACAAAGGUAGGGCUGGAAUUCCCUGCUUGGAGCACCUCACAAAUCCCAAACAGCACAUUGGGAAUGCUCACAUUUGGCCCAGCCAGCCAGGAAGAGAUUUUCACCCCUUUAUUUUUAAUUCUUUGCAGAGGAUGGAUCUGUGUGAGUUUCACUGACCACACGCAGCCCGCGGUGGUUUUCAGCCAUUUCCCCAAACGUUGGGAGUGGAUAAAACAUCAGGAGGCUCCCUAAACAAUAAAUGUGGCUCUAGAUCUCACUCAGCUCCAUUUCUUACCCCAAUUCAAGCUUCAUUCAGAAUUUUUCAAACUUUCUCUCAUCAGACUCCAAAUAGAACUUCCCUGAAAAACCUUGGGAUGGUGGAAGGUUCCCUGGAUGAGCUUUGAGCUUCCUUCCAACCCAAACCAUCCCAAAAUUCUUUGAAGAAAAUUCUUCCCUGGUUUGUGUCAGAUGGAAAAAACACUUGCUCAUGGAUUGCACCUUGUCAGAAAAAUCCCAAUGUGAUACUCAGCCCUAAAAAUUCCACGUUCUCCACGUUUUCUAUGCAGCAAUAAUUCAUCCCAGAAUGGUCUGGGUUGGGAGGGACCUUAAAGCUCAUCCAGCAGCUCCAAGCCCCUGAAACGGGCAGGGAAUUUUCCAUUAGAAUACACAAAUAAAGUUAUUUCCUUCUGUACAUGAAUAUUUAUUGGCAUGAGUACAAAAAACAGUUUAAAAGCAAAGGCUUGACAACAGUUUUCAGUAUUUUUUUUAAUUGCUUCCCAUUAAAGGUUCACAGAGAAACCUUUAUUAUCAAAUUAAUAUUCACUCGAAAAUGAACUUGAACUGAACACUCUCAGUUGUUUUCAAUUGAAUGAAAAAUACAUUUUGUAUUUUUUGUAUUUUUUGAACAGAACAAAAAAAAUCCAAAUCAGUGAUUCCAAAAAAGCCCCAAACAGAACCAAACCAGCACAGUCACUCCCUGUGUAACCUCAGUUUGUUCAACGCUGGAGAAGCUGGCAAGUCUCCAGAGGAGCUGUAAAUGUGGAUUAUGAUCACGCUGACCCCAUAAAUCAGGAAAUGUGGAUUAUGAUCAUGCUGACCCCAUAAAUCCAAGGCAGGAGACACCAGUUGCUUUCCCAGUUGGUUCAGAGCCCUCCCAGCCCCUGCUCCCCACAAACGACCCCAACUCCUGAAAAGACAAUUAUGGGUUCAUUUGGUUCCAUUAAAUUAAACCCACGCCCCACAGAGGAGCCACUGGCAUGGCUGGCAUCAUUAAAAAGAAACCUGAUGCCCAACCUCUCCUGCUGCACUUUCUCCCUCAUUAGAGGCACUGCUGAAUUUGGGUGUUCCUGCAAGUCCUGCUCGCUAUAAAAACACAAAAAUUGGGCUUUUGCUCGAGAAAAACACCGCUGAUAUUUUUCAGCUCCAUGUUUUUCCACCUUGUUAUUCCCACUUCCAGGCUUUCUUCCAGCAGCCUGAGCAGAGGAGGUGUUCCAUCACUCUGCCCCAGGUGUUUUAGGGGAGGUGAUGCCCAGGCACAGGAAAUUUCCCUGCCAGGCAAUAAUGAACCAAUUAAGAGCUCACAGCUGAUAAUGCAGGGGAAGGUGCAGAAAAGAUGGCAAAAGCAAAUGUGGGAAGGAUUUUUUCCUUUCCUGCCACUCUCCAAGAUUUAAACAGCAAUUCCACGUUCCCAUCUGGGAGUAAAUUACAUUGGGAAAAAACCAGGAUAUUUUUUGGUCAGUUAAAUUACAGAUGUUCUCAGGAAAAUCGUAGUACCAUCACAGUGGCAAUGUUUGAAUAAUGAAAAGUGGUUUGAAUAAUGAAAAAUGUUUUGAAUAAUGAAAAAAAAAAUGAUGGCACUGAAGGGGAAUGUGAAUUGAAAUAUAUUAUGAAAAAUAACCUCAUUUCUCUUUAGUACUUGAGCCACACCUUUGUUGUGAGACUUCACAAGAUUUGAACUCUUGGGAGAGUUCAGACCUGGCAAGAAAUCCAUGGAAAAUGGGAGAAAGAGAGUGAAAGAGGGAAUGUUUUACCAAAAUCAUAGAAAAUUUGGGUUGGGAGGGACUUUUGAGAUCUCAUUCCAGCCUCCUGCCAGUCAGGGAAUCUUCCACCAGGCCCAGGUGAAGCUGGAAAAGUCAAUCCCACAGUGAGGUCUCCAAGGUUUGGAAGCAAUGGAAACAAAACAAGGUGGAAAAGGCCCAGCUCUGUCCCCAGCUCUCUGUGCCCUGGGAUUUGGAAAAGGCAAUUUCAGGAAAUUCAGCACAACAGGUGCAGAAUUGGGGAAUUCAUCACUGGAGGUGCCAAUGAAGGGGAAAUCUGCCAGAAUUUCUCCAGACAUCUCAAGACAGGACAUAAAUUCUUUUUUUAUUUUCCAGUCACACUUCAGAAAUGCCCCAGAGGAAAUGUUGUUAUUCCAGUUCUUUCCUGAGGUUAGAUUUUGCUUUUUUUUUUAAAAUAUGAUGCAGAUAAAAGCUAUUUGGCAAGUGUAGGUGAAGAAGCACGCAGCCCAACCAACCUAUCCAAGCUCAGAAUUAUAUAUGUAUUCCCUAAAAAUGUAAAGCAUUUUUGCUUAUUUAUUCUGUAAAACAAAACUGUUAAAAUGUUAAUAAAAUCCUGUAGCCAAAGGAAAACUGAGUUGAAUUUCUCUUUAAAAAAAAAAAUACAAAACAAAGUAUUUCACAAAGGACAAUGGUGCAUAUUUGAAAAUUUAUUUCAACUGUGACACUUUCUAUAAUUGACAAUUCAUUACUAUAAAACACACAGAGAGUUUUUAAAAUUUAUUGUGUUUUUGCCACGUUGCAUUUUAGAUGAAGACACUUGGAAAAUGCAAAUAACACAGAAUCACUGAUGAGGAACUCAACACUUGACAAUUCUUCCCUGCAGUUCUCUUUUUUCUCCAUCAUUUUUUGACCUCUGCCCUUUGCUGGGCCCAGAUUUAAUUUCUUUGGUGUCUGAUCAAGGCAGUGCAUCCCCACCACCACUUAGCCAUGCAAAUGUUUUUUAUCCAACCAGUUACCCCCAGGAACCAGCACAAAUCUUUCCCAUGACAGACAUUUCGAUUGUAGUUGCAAAAAGUAAUUUUUUUUUCAGGCAGCUGAAUCAGAGAAAGCAAAGAAAUGAAUUUUUGCACGGUGAAGCAACAGCAGAAUAAAGAAUUAAAAGCUUUAAUAUUAUUUCCAGGUAAUAGCCCUUGAUUUGUUGGAUG